AAAUGAUUGCCGGUGGAAAUGGCGAUCCCAAUCCCAACUCAUCCUGGCUCGAUUCACGCGGUUUGUGGCUAGCGUACGUGCUGGGUAUUACUAUCUUUCAUCUCGUGCUACUGUCGAUACCGUUCGUGCAGAUUCCGUACGCCUGGACCAUUACAAACAUCUCCCACAAUAUGGCUCACCUAUACUUUCUGCAUCUGAUCAAAGGCGCACCAUGGAUGAGUAUCGAUGCGGGUGAAAAUCGUAAAUACACGCACUGGGAACAGAUCAACUGCGGGGAGCAGUUCACGACGACGAGAAAGUUUCUUACUACUGCUCCAAUCAUCCUAUUUCUUCUCACGUGUCUCUACACCCGGAACGACAUCGAUCAUUUUACUGUAAACUUUAUCUCACUAGUAGUGGUUCUCGUACCCAAGCUACCGCAAUUCCAUGGCGUACGAUUGUUUGGCAUUAACAAGUACUAA